AUGGCCGAGCACAGAUACGAGCAUCUGCUCCCACCGAGCUGGAAACCUCAAGUGACUGCCUGGCUCGCGGAAGACACGCCCUCCUUUGACUACGGGGGCUAUGUAGUCGGCGAGGAUCACCGCGAGGCGUUCCUCUUCGGCAAGGGCAAGCAGACCGCCGUCCUCGCCGGCGCACCGUUCUUCACCGAGGUCUUCGCGCAGGUGGACUGCCAGGUGGAAUGGCACAUGCAGGAGGGCGAGACGUUCGAGCCCAUCAAGCACGUCGCGACCGUCCGGGGGAAGGCCCGGCACAUCCUCCUCGGCGAGCGCGUCGCGCUGAACAUGCUCGCCCGGUGCAGCGGGAUCGCCACCAAGUCGAAGCGUGUGCUCGACCUCGCGCGGGGCUACGGCUACAGGGGCAUCAUCGCGGGCACGCGCAAGACGACGCCCGGCUUCCGCCUCGUGGAGAAAUACGGCAUGCUCGUGGGCGGCAUCGAUCCCCACCGCCAUGACCUGUCCAGCAUGAUCAUGCUCAAGGACAAUCACAUCUGGUCGUCAGGCUCGAUCACGGCGGCCAUCCAAGCCGCCCGCAAGGUCGGCGGAUUCAGUCUGCUUCUCGAGGUGGAAGUAGGCUCCGAGGUGGAGGCCGACGAAGCCAUCGACGCGGGAGCAGACAUCAUUAUGCUGGACAACAUCGAGGGAGACCAGCUGGUGACCGUCGCGAGGAAGCUGAAAGAAAACGGCAAUAUCACCGAGGCCAACUUGCAAGAGAGGGCGAUCAAUGAUAUCGACAUCCUCAGCACGAGCAGUGUGCACCAGUCAGUGCAACACAUCGACUUCAGUCUCAAGAUCCAGAUGCCGAAGGGGCGCAGCAGUAUAACAUGA